AUGUGUCAAAAUUAUCAAAUGUGUUUAGUCCACAAUGUUCAAUUGGUAAUUAUUAAAGCUCUUUAUAAUAAAGAUAAUUACUAUUCAUCAGAAAAUUAUGAAAUUAAUCCGCUACAUGCUCGGAUAGAUUUUUUGAAUGCAUCAAUCACAUAUCAUAUAGUUGAUGCUGAUGAAAUCAAACGACUGGGGAAACGUUUUCGAAAAUUAGAUGUUGAUAAUUCUGGAACUUUAUCAAUUGAAGAGUUUAUGUCAUUACCUGAACUACAACAAAAUCCUUUAGUACAGCGUGUUAUUGAAAUUUUUGAUACUGAUGGCAAUAAAGAGAUUGAUUUUAAAGAGUUUAUUGAGGGAGUUUCACAGUUUAGUGUUAAAGGUGAUAAGACUAAUAAACUAAAGUUUGCUUUUAAAAUUUAUGACAUCAAUCAAGAUGGUUAUAUAUCCAAUGGUGAACUUUUUACUGUUCUAAAAAUGAUGGUUGGAAACAAUUUGAAAGAAGUACAACUUCAACAAAUUGUUGACAAAACAAUGAUACAGUUUGAUUUAGACAAAGAUGGUAAAAUCAGUUUCGAUGAGUUUGCUCUUGUUGUUGGAAACAUGGAUCUUGAUAAGAAAAUGGUAGUCGAUGUUUAG